UCCGCCAUGUUUUCCCUCCCGGUUGCAGCGUUGCGACAGAGACGGAGAAUUCAAACGACAUGAAUGUAGAAAAUAAUCAUACGGCAGAGACAGAGACGGAGCAAACGAAGAACGGCACCGAGACGAUCACCAUCCAGACCACUCUGGGAGACGAAGAUGAAGACGUGCACAAGUGUGGACGCUGUCAGACUGAGUUCUCCACUCUGGAGGCUUUCAUCCAGCACAAGCUGCACCACAACUGCAGACGUGUGGAGGCGACCAGCCAGGAUGCCACCCAACAGGUUACUGCAGAGAAUGGAAGUCCUUCUUCAGAGGUGAAAGCAGCUGAAGGUGCAUCCUCAGAUGAACCAGUGAAGACCACUAAUGAUGAUGCCCCUGGUGUGUUCAGUCGAGGUCGCAGGAAGAAAAUGACUUCAACUAAAGCCACUGACCAGUCAGAUGGGACGGAAGGGUCCAUGUCUGACAAUGCCGACGGUGACAGGCCUGUUUACAAAGUCAGCCGAGACGGACGCUACGUUUGCCAACUUUGUGAAAAGACAUUUAAAACAACCAAUAUCUUGAGAACUCACAUGAAAACUCACAGCGACCAGAAGAACUUCUCGUGUGACCUGUGUGGGACCUCGUUUCGCACUAAAGGUUCCCUUAUUCGUCACAACCGUCGUCACACUGAUGAGCGGCCGUAUCGGUGUACUCUUUGUGGCCAAUCCUUCAGAGAGUCCGGUGCUCUCACCAGACAUCUUAAAGCUCUCACACCCUGCACAGAAAAGAUCCGCUUUGUUCAGUACAAAGAAAUCCUGGUCAGCAAGGAUGGAGUGCAGAAAGGCGUCGAGGCUGAUCAAGCUGCAGUGGCUGACCAGCAGCAGGAGGUGGUGGUUGUGGAGCAGCAGUCGGAGGAGCAGGAGAUGGUGGAGGCUCAGACGGCUGUGGUCAGUGUGGUGGACUCUGAUUCCCAGGAGGUCCUUCAUCAGGUCCACUUCACAAUGGAGGUGGACGGAACAACACAGGAGCAACAGGUGGUGGUAGAACAAUCUCAGGCAGAAGCUCUCGCUGCUGCUGCAGCUGCUGGUGACAAUCUGAUCUGCCAGGCCAUCAUCAACUCUGGCAUUGCACUGGAGACGGAAGAAACGGUGGUGGAAGAAACCACACAGACAACCGAGGAGAUGAACAAAGUGGUUUCUGACCGUCCUGAAGCUGAGGACAGUGUCAUUGAGAUCCAAGUAAAAGAGGAAUUUGUAGAGAUGGAAGAGGAAACAGGUGAUGGUGACGAUCAGACGUCACCUAAAUUGCACAUGUGUCCGCACUGUAACCGCUCCUUCAAGGGCUUAAAUUAUUUCCGCUUUCAUGUCAAAGGACAUUUAGGUUAUAAGCCCUUUAAAUGCACACUAUGUCAAAAGGAGUUUCUAACGGGAUACCUGCUGAAGAAACACAUGGAAGUCCACGUCAGUGAGAGGAGAUACAAGUGUGGCGAGUGUGGUAAGCUGUACAAAACCAUCGGACACGUACGCGAACACAUGAGGGCCCACUCAGAUGAAAGACCCUACCACUGCAGCAGAUGCAACAAAGGAUACAAGACCAAGAAUGCCUUGCAGGUUCACCAGCGGACUCAUGGUGAUGAGAAACCCUACGUUUGUCAGUUUUGCUUGAGAGGCUUCAGAGAAAAAGGGUCUCUGGUUCGACACAUCCGUCACCACACUGGAGAGAAGCCUUUCAAGUGUCCAAACUGUGGUCGAGGUUUUGCUGAGCACGGGACUCUGAAUCGGCAUAUGCGUGCUAAAGGAGGCUGCCAUAAGGACGAUUCCAGCGAGCAGCAAGAUGCCAUAUCGGAGGAGCAGACGUCAGUGGACAGCCUUGCUACAGCCGCCAUCAUUUCAGAGGAUCCUCAUGCUGUCUUGGUGGAGUUUUCCUCAGUGGUGGCAGACACACAGGAGUAUAUCAUCAAGACUCAAACAGAUGAGGAAAUGCAGGAAGGAGAAGUUACGCUCAUUCAAGACAGCCAAAAUGAGAUGGGAAACCACAUCGUGAAAGUCGUGCAGCGAAUCGUCAGCCAGUCGCACGGCGCCGGCGGUUCGGGCAGCCACCAGAUUAUCGUGCGAAAUGUUGCGGUGGACGAGGAGGGACCGUCCAUCUCUGACUGCGGCGACACCAUCACCAUCGCCACGCCCGAGAGCCUGACGGAGCAGGUGGCCAUGACGCUGGCCUCCGCCAUCAGCGACGGCACGCUGCUGGCCACGGCGGGUACCGUGGAGACGGAGGACGGAACAGUUACCAUGGUUACGACAGAGGAAGCGGUGGAGGAGGGGAUACAGAUGGUGCAGCAGCAAGAGGAGUAUGUCAUCACCUCCCCUGAGGAGGUGGAGAUUCAGACUGUCAUUGUUUGAUCAAACGGGAUUCUAAGUGUGGACUGAAGCAGCGUUUUAGCUUCGACUGUGACUGUGCAGCUGAUUACUGUAGAGUUGGUUUGAGUGAAUUAAAAGCAAGGCCAAAGGUUUGAUAAGGUUUAAAGUUACAGAAAUAGGCCAACUUGCAAAGAGUAUUCAGUGUGAGACGUAAAGUGUGCAUGAGGACUGGUUCUAUCAUGUGAUUUUUGUUGAUUGAGUUACUAAAGUGGAUCUCUGCGUCGGAUAUUUGAGCUAAUUUGCGAACUUUUAGACGCCUACAGCUUAAAAACUACCUAGAUUCAUUCUGUAAGAGUUUAAUUCUGUAUGUCUGAACAGAUGCCUUUUUUACUCUGGAUGGUACAAACUGAAGAAAUCUUUGCCUUCAUUUAUUUACGCCAAGUGAACUUCUGUCUUUGUUUGACUACCCAAACUGGCUUAAUUUCAUUGCAGUUUUCCGUCUCUUCUCCCUGAUGUUGAGGUUGGCUACAGUUAAGUUCUUAAACUUCUCAUGUCAAGUUUGAAAUGUGAUCUUCUCUUAAGGCUGACUGAUCCCAGCUGUGCAUGAGGCCAUCCAUGAUGCGGCGUUUGAGCUAUUAUGAAGCAUGUUUAAGCAUGAUGGAUGGAUGCACAGGUGAACAGACAGAAACAUGUUUGACAGGUCACAUGAGCAGAGUUUGCAUCAAAUAAAUGCUAUUUUCUUACA